AUGGGACGCCCUUCUAAAGAAGUAAGUCAGGAGAAAAUCCAGCGCUUUCAAAUAGAACUUGAGCUUGCGGGAAAGGAUGCAGAUUUAUUGCUGAAGGAUAAGAAGGGUAGAUCAAGAUCGUGUUUACUUUGUCAACGACGAAAGCAGAAAUGUGACCACAAGAUCCCUAGUUGCACUGCUUGUUUGAAAGCUGCUGUGCGAUGCAUUCAACCUGCUAAAUAUGGAUCAAGUGCGGGUUAUAAUAGCCAUGGUUCUGGGGAUGGCGGUGUACCGAGGCAACGGGAUAAUUCAAUGGAUUUAGAGACACGAGGAAUAAAGCAAUGGUCGGAGGCAAAAAUAGGUGAUGUUAAACCCGGGGGGUUUACGGCUAAUCAAAAGGUGCCCGCCACCAAAGAUGAUUCAGAUAAAAAAAGUACCGUUGGAAAUGGAGAUACCAAAAACGCGAAGAGUGGGAAAGAUGAAUAUACUCUUUUCCUCGAGAAAAAACUAGUUUACCUGGAGAAGUUACUUAAUCUUUCUCCAGAUUCGAUGUCAUAUAAGAAUAAGCUGGCGAACUAUAAAAUGAUCUCGCAAUUUCUACAGACUGAAAAUAUGACAAAGUACGAGGAGCUGUUAUUUUCGCAAAAUCAUCGCGACCAUAUAGCUUUGGAGGACGCGACGCCUUCAACGAAACAGCAGAGUGUGCCGUACUCUAAGGACGGUGAUGUUUUCUUUACGAAUCUGCCUCGAAUAUUGGGGUCUGUUGAAUGUUCCAAGAGUUUCCUUAUGAAAUAUAACCUGAAGGACUUUAUUUUAGUCGAGCCUAUAUUAGAAUUAGAAGAAGCUCAGUCGCGGACUUUCUUAGAGACUUAUUUUACGAAAAUUCAAUUUAAAUACCCUUUACUUGAGGAGGAGGAGAUCUAUCAGUGUCACACUGAGUACGUGUUAAAAAACCGCCCUUCGCGGUCAACUGCUGAGUUCCAUUUUAUAUGUGGAAGAAUGUGGCUUGUUUUCAGUUUAGCUGCUUCGCUUAAUAUGGGUAAUGGUAAGGAUAGCGGUGCGUUGCCCGGACGUUGUUUUUCCACUGCUCUUCGUCACAUUAUUCACUGUGGUGCGAAUUUAACGUACGUACAGAAGGUAGAGACAAUGACCUUGCUUGUUUUGUACUUAAUUCGAACAGAUCGGGACUCAGCGGGUUUGUACGAGAUAAUAAAAGAUGCUAUUGAUCUUUGCAAGAACAAAUUGCAUUUGCAUAAGAAACAGUCUGGAGAUGUAUUUGCAAACAAGAAAUUAAGACUCUUUUGGUCAGUUUAUUUGCUUGAAAGAAUGAUAUGCGUGGCACUAGGUAGGCCUUACACAAUUAGUGAAUCUGAAAUUGAGCUUCCUGUCUUUGAUGAAGAUAUUUUUAAGCCAAAUAACACCAACUACAACAUCAAAUCAAAGCCUAAUGUCCAUUUCAUUAACCAGUCAAUUCAUUUGCGCCGUCUUGAAUCCAAAUUUGUUGAAACAUUACAGAUAAUUCCCCAGUCGGCUGAUGCGGAGGGUAAAGCUCAACUAUCUAGGGAGAAAUUAUCACAGGAUUUCCCCUUAGUUAGUUCGUUCUUUCGAGAUUUGGAAACGUGGGUGUCCAACUGUCCCAGUUCUAAGAUUCGAAGUUACGAGUUUGAAACCUUGGAAUUUUACUAUUUUCGAUCUCUGCGACUUUUGGUCCAACCAUACUUAGAGUUACUAGAUCCUAAUGAUCGUUUAUUUCGCGCAUGUCAACAUGCGGCUGGUCAAAUAUGUCAGAAAUACAAAAUGUUUCAUCAAAAAUCCAUGUACGGAUCUUCCACCCCUGCAGUUCACAAUGUUUUUGUUGCAGGUGUGACGUUGAUUUAUUGUAUGUGGCUUACCAAAAAUCAUGAUGAUGAGUACUGCCGUAGACUAGGUGGAGACUACAAACAUACAAGGCCAUUGGCUACUGCGUCCUUAUUUACCACAAUGGAUGCGCUCAAAGCGUGUUCGGUCUGUUUAUACGUAAUGGCGGAAAGAUCACAGUUUGCAAUUCUUUUUAGAGAUACUUUUGACCAGUUGGUGAAUGUUACAAUUGGUAAUCUAAUAGAGCGGUGUGGGCCGGACUCUAGUGGAUUGACAUAUAUUGCACCUUCAGCUUCACACCACGAGCGUAACCGAUAUUCAUCUCAAGCAGAAGCUACAUCAGCAAAUAGUUCUACUGCUAUUGUCAGUGGCAACAUUAAGCGCGAAAUUGAAAGGUUGCCAUCAGCUAUGACAGGAACGUUUGCAAAUGUGCACGUAGGUCACAAUACUUCACAGCCGGAAGUUGAGGAUCAAAAUACCAGCAAAAGAAAACGAAAUAUCCUACAGAUGGCUCAAGUGCCGAAGUCUUUGUCCCAGUUAAUGACCAAUGUAGCUUCUGGAAAGCUCACUGGCUUUCAAAAUCUGUCGGAUGACUCUCAAAAGCACCCAGUGAUAAAAGAAGAACUGAACAAUCAAACUCUCUUUCAUGAAAGCCAUCCCCAAUACACUGUAAAGAAGUCUGCGACGCCUACCGAACUUGAUCGUGAAGUAUUUGAACAGCAAGGGCUGUUCCAGCAGAGGUGUGUCAAAAAGAAUAUACAACCUUACCUGUCAACUUCGCAUAGUUGUAAUCCAUGUGGCUCAUUUCCUCAUAUACCUGUUGGUAACAGCCUGAAGCGGAGAAGAUCCCUUGGACCUACCAAAAAAGAUAACGAAGGGACUCAUAGAAAUAAUGAUGAUAAAACUACCAGACAAGAUGUUAAUGAUGAUAAAAAAAAUAAUCGCAUUACCAAGUUCAAUAUUAACACUGAGAUGAAGGAAAACAAUAACACCAGUAUUAAAAAUGAUACCAUUAAAACUGGCAAUGGAAAUAAUAAUGGUUAUCCACCUAAAAAGCCCCGCGAAGGCCCACCUCCUAAUAAAAGUCAUGAACAUCAGGUUCUUAUUCACCAACAAGGUCAUCAGCAAAGUCAGCAGCAACAGGCAUCGUCGUUUGACAACUAUAUAGGAGAGCAUGUGACUUCUACAGUUUUAAAUGGCACCGAUCAACGUAUCCAUAGUGGUCCAGCAAUUAAUGCCAUGUUCCAGCCAACAUUGGAGCCCCUAUCCUCGCAAAACCCUGGGAAUAAUGGCAUCGCUUUUAACAAUGGGACACACAACAUGAUAAACAAUAUCUCAGCAUGGACCAGCGACUAUGUCAUAGACUUUUUAAACAAUCCCAAAGGGAUGGUCCCCUUAGCAACGCAUCAACGCUUACAUUCUCAAGAUUCUUCUUCUGCUAGCAACCCCACCAAUAUUCAGCAUACGCAUCAAAAAAUCGCCCCAAUUUCAAACAGAGAUAAUAGUUCUCAUGCCCCUUCAGCUGGGCAAUGGCGAUCUCCCUCUUCUCUUACAGAGCCUGGUGCGGAAAAUUCAUGGCAUCAAGGCCAGCACCAUAGCGGUCAGCAUGGCGCUCAGCAUCAAGCCAAUAUUGAUGCUUUCUGGAACGUUUCAAUCGAAGACUUUUGGACAGGUAAUGAUGACUAUGAUUUCCUAACCUGA